GACCAAGAAGGCGCUCCCGACGGCGACGAUCACACCUUGUCUGCUGCAACACGCCUGUUGCCGCCAGCCCAGAGCAGUGCCGCCAACUGUUCGACACGAGACCCGCACGCCUUCGAUGCUGAUGCCUUUACCAGCGUUGUCGGUCCAGACGUGCCUCAAGACGCCGUCAGAAGUCUGCAGAGCGCUCAUGGCUCCAACUUGGAGCAGGCCAUCAAUGCUUACUUCGAUGGAUCCUGGAAGACCACGCCUUCCAGAAAGGCUGCCACGCCACCACAGCCGACACGUCCACAGCGUCGCACCCUGAGCACCGAUAGGGAGAGCAGUAGCGGCGGCGGCAGCCGUGCCAAAGGCGCUUCGUCCAUGCCGCCGAUGCGGUACAUUGGUGCGCUGGGAGUGGCGGGCUGGACUACGAGGAGUGGCGUCUCCCUCCGCGCAGACGACGUGGUCAAGAUCCAGCGUGUGAGACAAGCGCCAAAGCUCAAGAUGGGGAAAGGCGGGAAGACGCAGCAAGUGUCGAGGCGAACGGAGGAUGUCAUUGUGCGCUUCACAGACAAGAAUGGAACUGAGAUUGGACGACUCGAGAAAGACUCGGCGCUUUGGAUUGGUGCUCUGAUUGAUCAGAACGUCUGUCAUUUCGAGGGACAUUGUGUGUUUGCUCCGGAGCGGAUCAAGACCAACGACACGGUAUACAUCCAGCUGCGUUGUUUCUUGCUGAGAUUUGUGUUUGAAACUGGAAAUUUGAUCAAAUCGGUCGAUGAUAAUCGUAGUGCUGGCUUUCUGGAGACAGCCGAAACAUCACAGGAGCGAGAUCUGAGGCUGCGCCAGAUCGGACUCGUCAAGCUCUUCUCGGAGAUCAAUCUGCAACCGGCGUCCGUUAACGAGGUCACUGCAAAACACAAGCGCGAGGGCAUCUUGCAGGCUGCAGAAGUCGCUGAGCAGUUUGAUCGAGUUGGCAGCAACAAGAAGUCGAGCCAGGACAAGGAGAAUGGCGGCUCGAGCCCACCUUCAGACGAUAACGAAAAGGAAGAGGGGGAGGAGCUCGAGCAAGACCAGCUGGAUAGCCUGUACAAGAAGGCACAGUCCUUUGACUUCAAUACGCCCACUGCUGAGCCCGCCUCAACAUUUGUCAUGGAUCUGCGGAAGUAUCAGAAGCAGGCGCUGUAUUGGAUGCUGCAAAAAGAACACAGAAGGAAUGAUGUGAAGCAAGAACAGAGCAUGCAUCCUCUUUGGGAGCAAUAUUUAUGGCCAGCAAAAGAUGCCGAUGAUAAGGAUCUGCACAUGGUGGAAGGGCAAGAUUGUUUCUACGUCAAUCCCUACAGCGGGGAGUUGAGCCUUGACUUUCCAAUACAAGAGCAAAAUUGCCUAGGGGGCAUCCUAGCGGAUGAGAUGGGACUUGGGAAGACAAUCCAAAUUCUUGCUCUAAUCCACAGCCAUAGAUCGCCGGAGCAUGAGGGUAUCGUGCACGACCAGAUCGACGUGGAAGUUGAUGCAGUCAGCAGCCUGAAGAGGCAAACGAUGGCAUCCAAAACAGUCAAAAGAGCACCUGCAACGACGCUUGUCGUGGCACCCAUGUCAUUGCUUGCACAAUGGGCAAGCGAAGCUGAAAAGGCCUCGAGAAGCGGCACGCUCAAAGUGCUUGUCUACUAUGGCAGUGAGAAGGAAGCUAACUUGCAGACACUAUGUUGCGGCUCUGACCUCAGCUCGGCUCCGAAUGUUAUCAUUACCAGCUACGGUACGGUAUUGUCAGAGUUCAAUCAGGUCGUCAAUGCUGGCGGGAAUAGGGCCACCUCCGGCGGCCUCUUUGGUGUUGAAUAUUGGCGCGUCAUCCUCGACGAGGCGCAUAUGAUCAAGAACCGUGCAUCGAAGACUGCCAAGGCAUGCUAUGAAAUUGCAGCCACACAUCGCUGGGUCUUGACGGGAACUCCUAUCGUCAAUCGCUUAGAAGACUUGUUCUCCCUGGUGCGCUUCUUGCGCGUCGAGCCGUGGAGUAACUUCAGCUUUUGGAAGACAUUCAUCACUGCUCCUUUCGAAAAGGGUGACUUCGUUCGGGCGCUGGACGUCGUUCAGACAGUACUGGAGCCACUUGUCUUGCGACGCACAAAAGACAUGAGGACUCCAGACGGAGAAGCUCUUGUGCCACUUCCUCAAAAGACAGUAACAGUUGAGAAGCUCAAAUUUUCGGACCCCGAGCACGAUGUCUAUAGGCAUAUUUUUCACAGGGCCAAGACGACAUUCAAUGCCAACGUCGAGGCUGGCACCUUGAUGAAGAGCUAUACCACCAUAUUUGCUCAGAUCUUGAGAUUAAGACAAAGUUGCUGCCAUCCAGUACUCACGCGCAAUAAGAACAUAGUUGCCGAAGAGGAGGACGCAGCAGCAGCGGUUGAUCUAGCCAACGGUCUCGCCGAUGAUAUGGAUCUAGCAGCGCUUCUCGCGAAGUUCGAGGCUGAUGAGGGCGAGACAGAUGCCGCCACGUACGGCGCGCAUGUGCUCAAGCAAAUUCAGGACGAGGCGGACAUGGAAUGUCCUAUCUGUUUCGAAGAGCCAAUGGAAGAACAAGCCGUCACGGGAUGCUGGCAUUCUGCUUGUAAGAAGUGCCUCCUGGAUUACAUUGAACAACAAGCUGCUAAAGGAGAGUUGCCACGCUGUUUCAGUUGUCGAGAGCCGAUCAACGCUCGCGACGUCUUCGAAGUCAUUAAGCACGACGACGACGACGACGAUCAGCCAGACGGCGCCGACAUCCUUAAUGCAGCCAUACAAACAGACGAAGACCAAGAGGAUGACGAAAUGUACACAAGUACACAGGAUAAAGUAAGGACUAUCAGCCGCAAGAAACCUCGAAUCUCGUUGCGACGAGUGAAUCAACUCUCCUCUGCCAAAAUCUCUACACUCACGACCACACUCAAAAGUCUGAAAAAGCGAGAACCUACAACCAAAUCUGUCGUGUUCAGCCAGUUCACAUCCUUCCUGGAUCUUCUCGCGCCAGCUCUGACCAAUUCCAGCAUCUCAUGGCUUCGCUUUGAUGGCAGCAUGUCGCAGAAGGAAAGAGCGAAAGUUCUUGCUGAAUUCGCAGAACGACCCAAGUUUACAAUUCUGCUGUUGUCGCUCCGAGCAGGUGGAGUUGGACUCAACUUGACAUGUGCGCGUAGAGUCUUCAUGAUGGAUCCAUGGUGGAGUUUUGCCGUUGAAGCGCAAGCCAUCGAUCGUGUGCAUCGUAUGGGCCAGACUCAUGAUGUUGAAGUGAUUAGAUACGUGGUUGAGGGAACUAUCGAAGAGAAGAUGCUCCGAGUGCAGGAGAGAAAGAAGUUUAUUGCCAGUUCGCUUGGCAUGAUGAGCGAGGAGGAGAAGAAGAUGCAAAGGAUUGAGGAUAUAAGAGAAUUGUUGAGCUAAAUGCUGCUUCAUGGAACCAACCUGUCUCUGCGCCGCGGGAUUUUGCAUUGGUUUGUGGUGAGGCCAUUCUCUUUCUGCUGGCUUUCAUGAUGAACUUCUGCUCUGCUUGCUCUGAAUCCUAGCAGGGCUAGUCUCGAGUCAACGAACAUGGGGGCGGGCAGGACCAGGCGCGAAGGGCGACAUAAAUCACCAUAUCCGAUUGCCUGCAGCUUUGCUCGCAGCAGCUUUUUUCGCAGCUCUCUUCUUCUUUUCCUCGGUCUUGCCAGUAGCGCCAGGUGUCUUGAAGAACAGACUUGGCCCUUGCCCUUCGCCAACCAAAUGGCUGAGGUAGCCUCUAUGUGCGGAAUCUCGGUAGUAUUCCAAGUGCUUUCUGCUCGUAGGAUCCGGUAACCUAAAGCGGUAUCUUCUUUCCUCCUGCGUAAGAGCAUCCGCCACUUUGUCCACGUCUACCUCAUCUACACCACGGUCCGCACUGGCAAUGUUGAUACGCGAUUGCAGGCUGUGGAUGGGGUCCAUUUCGCCCCUGAUGAUUCUUUUGAUCGCGAAGUUGGUGUAAUAGCGUGUCGUUACGGUACCUCCAAGCUUCUCGAUUGUAUUGAUGGCUUCGGCGCUCGCUCGUGAUACCACAAUAUUGAUGGGCGUCGUGAGCUCGUCUUUGCCACGUGCAAGCAAUUUCACGCCAUCUUUCACGCCGUGCACGCAGCGCGAUUCAUUUAAUUCCUUUAACGUAAUGGGCUGAGAAGGAUCCAGGCGGCCUCGGUUAAUCCAGUCCUGGAUGCGAUUGAGGUUGACCUUGGUCAUGUCCACGGAGAAGUGAUUUUUGAAGCCUCGCGGGCCAGCCACUAUCCAGUCAGGCGUCUGACCUCCAUUGAAGCCUGCAGGCACUUUUCCGUGCUGCUUUUGACCCUUGUGACCACGCCCAGAUGUCUUGCCCUUCCCGCUGGCAGGACCACGACCGCGCCUGAUGGGCUUGUUGUACGCGCCUUUAUUAUCAGAUAGGGAUGAGAGAAUCGAGGCGUUUCGUUGUUGACUCAGGAAAGGGUAGAGGAAAGGCGCAAUCGGCUGGUAUGCUGGCGAAAUCUGUGUCGGUAUGGAGACGGCUGCACGCCGUAGCAAUUGUAGCCGUGGAGGCAUUUUGAAU